GAGGCGGAAGCGGCCGCUGGUGUGGGGGGGUCUCCCCUGUCCCCCCAGGUCUCGGGGGGCCCAUGGCAGCGCGGGGGGGCUGCGCGCUGGAGGCGGGGUGGCUGCUGUCCCCCCCGGCCCGCCCCUACCUGGACUCCAUCCUCCACAAGAACCAGCGCAGAGUCUUUGGUCUGCUGGAGCGCCCGGUGUUGCCCCCCCCCUUGGUGGCCCCCAUUGUCACCUACAAACUCUUCGUGUCCGGCAAGAGUGGGGUGGGCAAGACGGCCUUGGUGGCCACGCUGGCGGGGACCCCCGUGCCCCCCGUCCACCACGAGACCCUGGGCAUCGAGGCCACCACAGUGUACUGGCCAGCCAAGGUGCGGGCCACCGGCCGUCCCGUCAUCUUCCAGCUCCAUUUCUGGGAUUGCGGGGAUGGAGCCCUGAAAAAAUUCGAGUAUCUCCUGCCCUCCUGUAAGGAGGAGGCAGACGCCGUCCUCUUCCUCUUCUCCUUCACCGACCGCGCGUCCUUCGAGGAGCUCCCGGCCCAGAUGAGCCGAGUGCUGGGUCCUGGGGAGGAAAACCUCGUCAGGGUGGUCGUGGGCACCAAAUUCGACCUCUCCUCCCAGGCAGAUGUGUCCCAGGGGGACGUCACCGCCUUCGAGAGGACCUGGGGGCUGCGGGUGCUGCGGGUGGGCAGGGGGCCAGGGGGGGAUCGGGGGGGGGUGGCCCGGGUCGCCCCCCUCCUCGACGCCCUGGCCGAGAGCCUCUGGCAAAGGGACCAAAUCGCUGCCGGUGUCACCUCGGGGGGUGAGGGGGGGGCGUCCCCUGACCCCUCCUCUCCCUGCCGGGAGGGUUUGGGGACAUUGUGACCAAAAUCUAUGGGGUUUCACCCA